UUGGUAAACAACAAGAAACUGAAGAAAGCAUAUAGAACAAGUCUCUCUCUCUCUCUCUCUCUCUCUCUCUCUGGAGGAGAGAGAAUGAAGAGGAGGGAAGUCUCCACGAAUUGGUUUGACCUUUCUGCACAUCUCUCUCUCUCUCCGUGGUCUACAUGAUGAGAUUCACACGCUUAUAUUCCUCCUCUCGUCCCCUUCUCCAAACCCUUCUCUUUCCCUCCCUUAAAAUCUCCUCUUAACCUCCCCACAAUUCAUUGUGUAGCCAAUUUCCUCAAUUGACAGCCUGAAGUCUACAUCUUGCAAUCGUGCCUCUCUCUCUCUCUCUCUCAUCGAGAUUUACAAUUGGGUUCCAAAGAUCUGAGAGUUCAAGGUUGGUGUGUCAAACCUCAAGUUUUGAUUUGGAAGAAAACCCAGGUUUUGUUUUCCUUGAUUUCUAUGUUUUCUUGGAAAAAAAGAUUAGGGCUUGAUACAUCUUCAUCUAUUUGUUAGUCAAAAAGACAAGGGUUUGGUAGUUCAGAUUUUGAUCUGGGAAGAAAAUUCAUCAAACAAAGAAAGUUAAGAAUUUGAAGGUUUUGAUUGAUGGGUAAUUGUUGUGUUUCACCAUCUUUUGAUUCAGACAAGAAAAAGGGCAAAAAGAAACCAAACCCAUUUGCUAUUGACUAUAUAGCGACCCGUCCAGUUGGAAAUGUUGGAUACAAAACCUAUGUAUUGGACGAACCAACUGGCCAUGAAAUUGAGCAGACCUACGAGCUGGGCCGUGAGCUGGGCCGGGGCGAAUUCGGGAUCACAUACUUGUGUACUGAUAGAUCUUCUGGGGAAGUGUUUGCUUGUAAAUCAAUAUCGAAGAAUAAGCUGAGGACUAGAGUGGAUAUAGAGGAUGUGAGGAGAGAGGUUGAGAUCAUGAAGUGUUUGCCGACGCACCCAAAUAUCGUGACCUUGAAGGACACUUAUGAGGAUGAUAAUGCAGUUCACUUGGUGAUGGAGCUUUGUGAGGGAGGGGAACUGUUCGAUCGGAUCGUUGCACGGGGGCAUUACACCGAAAGGGCGGCUGCUUUUGUGACUCGGACGAUUGUUGAAGUUAUUCAGAUGUGUCACAAGCAUGGGGUCAUGCAUCGGGAUCUCAAACCUGAGAACUUCUUGUUUGCAAAUAAGAAGGAAACGGCUGCCCUUAAGGCAAUUGAUUUUGGGCUGUCAGUAUUUUUUAAACCUGGUCAGAUAUUUAAUGAAAUUGUGGGAAGUCCUUAUUACAUGGCUCCUGAAGUGCUAAAACGGAAUUACGGUCCAGAAGUAGAUGUCUGGAGCGCUGGAGUAAUCCUUUAUAUCUUACUUUGUGGUGUCCCUCCUUUUUGGGCAGAGACUGAACAAGGAGUUGCUCAAGCAAUCAUUCGUUCCGUUGUAGAUUUUAAAAGGGAUCCAUGGCCCAAAGUUUCAGACAAUGCAAAAGACCUUGUAAAGAAGAUGCUUGACCCUGAUCCUCAGCGCCGGCUUACUGCUCAGCAAGUGCUAGAUCAUCCUUGGUUACAAAAUGCCAAAAAGGCUCCAAAUGUUUCUUUAGGUGAAACCGUGAGAGCAAGGCUCAAGCAAUUUUCUGUGAUGAACAAACUUAAGAAACGAGCUCUUAAGGUGAUUGCUGAGCAUCUGUCAGUGGAGGAAGCAGCUGGGUUAAAGGAGGGAUUUCAAUUGAUGGAUACUAGCAACAGAGGGAAGAUCAACAUUGAUGAGCUAAGAGUUGGGUUGCAGAAGUUUGGCCAGCAGAUUCCUGAUUCAGAUCUCCUGAUUCUUAUGGAAGCUGGUGAUGUAGACAAGGACGGACAUUUAGACUAUGGAGAGUUUGUGGCUAUUUCUGUUCACCUCAGAAAGAUGGGCAACGAGGAUCACCUUCACAAGGCCUUUGAAUUCUUCGAUAAAAACCAAAGUGGGUAUAUAGAGAUUGAGGAACUAACGGAUGCCUUGGCUGAUGAAGUUGAGACUAACAAUGAAGAAGUCAUCAAUGCCAUCAUGCAGGAUGUGGACACUGACAAGGAUGGACGUAUAAGUUAUGAGGAGUUUGCUACGAUGAUGAAGGCCGGCACAGAUUGGAGAAAAGCAUCAAGGCAAUAUUCACGUGAGCGGUACAAGAAUCUGAGUUUGAAAUUGAUGAAAGAUGGAUCAUUGCAGGUGAAUAUGGGCAAUUAGGGCCGAUAAAUACAGAAAGAAAUUACGCAGCCAAAGAGAUGAAUAUUCACAGGAUCUUGAUAUUGUUUGCUACGUAAAUCCUUUUUUCUGUUUUUUUCGGUUCUUUCCUUGUUUUCUUUGUACUUUCUUGUUUAUCCGCUCAGCCCUGUUUCAGGAUACUUGGGAUGUGCUUCCUGAGUUCUUAGUGUAAUUUUUCAAGUGGGUAUUGUUGCUUCUAUUGUUUCGAUUAGGUGCCAGAAAGAAAGUGUGAAUGUGUGAUGUAAUUUCAGGCAAAAAUGGUUAUUUGUGGUUGUGAAUACUUCUGGCAUAUAUACCUUUGAUUAAAUAGUCAAAGGUUCUGUACUUUUUUAUUUGAA